AUGUCGUCGCCGAACGCUGCUUUCGUGGAAGAAGUGAUCGCGGUAUAUCAAGAGGCGACAACGGCUAUCUCACUCAGCAUUGUCAUCACAGUGAUGCUCGUGUACGAUGUCCUUCUCACCUCAGGGAAGGAAUACCAAUACAUCUGGCGAUCACCGAAGUCCUGGUUCUCGCGAGUCCUGUAUUUGUGGAACAGAUACAUGUGCUUGUUGAAUAAUGUCAUGGUCCUUGGGACCAUUCCGUCGAUGUCAGACACGCAAUAUGUGCAUUGCGCUCACCCGUCAAAUGACAGAUUUAUCGUCGCCUCGAGGGGCUCUCAGAUCCUCGUGGACUUACUGGCCGCCGCUACUACCUGGCGCAAAACACGUGCGACGAUCCAGCUGAGGACAGGUGUCCUGGAUAGACCUUCCCUUGAGCAGGUGAUGUGGAAAAAUGGGAUGGUCUACUUUUGCGUACUAUGUUCCCUGAAUGUGUUGGAUGUGGUCCUCUUUUCAUUUUCGCUCGCCUUAGCACCGAUCAGUGGAGGAUCCUCCUACGCUUUGCAGUUCAUCGACCCCAUUGUCUCCAUCUUGAAUAGCCGCUUCUUGCUCGCCCUCCACGAGACGAACAUGCGGCUGGGUGGGAACGACACCUCCAUAUCCUCGCUCUCUUUCAACGCCGGCAGCCAGGGCAACCCCAGGGAAGGUUCUCCUGAGCUCCCGGAAUUCCUCGGCAUAAUCGGAGGCCCGAUCCAUUCGUUCCACGGCGACGAAGACCCGGAGACGCUCGAGUUUGCUUUGCCGUCGCAGGAGGAGGUGCACCAAUGCGAGCAUGAACUUGCAGAGAUUGUGGAGAGUGGCAGAGAUGGAGGAGACGUUGCCUGA